UAUACACUUGGUCACCCUAUAAAUUAAUCUGCCCCAGGCAGAAGAAACAUAAAAUAAAACAACACAAUUGAAAAAAAAAGAGUAGAAAACAUGUUUCUUUUGCUGUUACUUUUGGUAAGUACUUUUGGUUGAGACGGAAUUAUUCUCGUGAUCAUUCCCAAACACGCCCUAGGAUUUCACGACCACUUUUCUUCCUCUCCUAACUGUAAUCUCAGAUUCUCCCAAAACGCCACUUUAACCAACCACCUUGAAAAUAUCGACACUCACCCACCUCCCUCUUCCCCAAUUCCAAUUCCUCACCGGAAAAAAACCCCAAUUUACCGUCUCCCAUUUCACCAUCUUCCCUGAAUUUUCCUUAUCGCACCUCGAAGCAUUCCAAUUUUCGAUUUUUUGGGGGGUUUAGUGCCAUAGAAGAGGGGAAAACGUAAAAAGGUGGAAUCUUUAUUCAGUUCCGAAAUGGGGGUUGAUUACUACAACAUACUGAAAGUGUCUAGAAACGCGACGGAGGAAGAUUUGAAGAAAUCGUACAAGAGAUUGGCGAUGAAAUGGCACCCUGACAAGAACGCGGUCAACACUAAAGAGGCGGAGGCCAAAUUCAAGCAGAUUAGUGAGGCCUACGAUGUCCUGAGCGAUUCGCAGAAGCGGAAGAUCUACGAUUUGUACGGAGAAGAGGGGCUGAAAUCGGGUCUCUACCCGCCGCCGAGCUCGAAGGACAUGGAUUCCGGCUACGGCGGCGGAGGAGCGGGGUUUAAGUUCAGCCCCAGAGAUGCAGAGGAUAUUUUUGAGGAGUUUUUUGGUGGGAUGGAUGGAGGGAGGAGUGGCGGCGGCGGCGGAGGAGGAGGUGGGGAAUUGAAGAAGGCGGCGGUGAUGGAGAGUAAGCUGGCGUGUAGCUUGGAGGAUCUGUAUAAGGGGUCGAAGAGGAAGAUGAAGAUAUCAAGAAUUGUUCUUGAUGGGUCAGGCAAGCCAGCCACGGUUGAAGAGGUUUUAUCAAUACACAUCAAGCCCGGUUGGAAGAAGGGAACCAAGAUUACCUUUCCUGAGAAAGGGAACCAUGAAGCUGGUGCUGCCCCGGGAGACCUAAUCUUCAUUGUGGACGAGAAGCCACACCAGGUCUUCAAGAGGGAUGGCAAUGAUCUUAUAAUCAACCAAAAGAUCUCUCUGCUCGAUGCUCUCACGGGAAAGACUCUGAAAAUAUCAACCUUAGACGGACGAGACCUCACUGUCACAGUGUCGGAUAUAGUAAAACCUGGCUAUGAAAUGAUGAUCCAGAAUGAGGGCAUGCCUAUAUCGAAAGAACCAGGCAAACACGGAGAUCUACGGAUCAAGUUUGACAUCAAGUUUCCCUCGAGACUCACGUCUGAUCAGAAAUCGGACCUCAGGAGGGUUUUGGGCAGGACAUCCGGUUAAUUCUGGGGUCAGUUGGAAUGCUUAUUAAUUACUCGUCUCAACUCUAUUGUAUAUUCUUGAACCAAUCGAUUUUCGGAACAGAAAAAAAAAAGUUCCUGUGCAUAGUAGGCAAAACAGAUUGAGAUUGGUUUCCUUUUCGUGCUUAGCGAAUAUCUCUAGCUCAGACUUAGCAGCUAAACAGAAAUGUUCCCUUGAAAUUGAUGUGGAAAUCUGUAAAAUGCAAUAUUUCUUUGUAAUUUUGUUUCAAGUUAUAUAUCUUGAUUUCUUGGUUGUUUCUUUGGUGGAA